UUCAGCGAUGGCGCUUCCCAUGAAGAAGUCGGUGAUGAAGUCCGCCAUGAAGUCUAUGAAGAAGGCUGCUAAGUCAACAGCUAUGAAGACCAAAGUCAUGAAGAAGAAGGCUGUGAGCAAGAUUGCGCGAGGCAAGCUGGCCAAAGCUGUGGUCUUUAAUGGCAACAAGGAAAAGACUGCAUCAGGGCAUGGCAAAUCGGAUCUCAUGAAGAACAAACGAGGCAAGAUUGUGACGAAGUUGCAGAAUGCCGCUGGCAAGAAGGCCUACAAGAACAUCUCUGCCUGGACCAUCGCUUGUCAGAAGGCCAGGAAGGAGCUGGGCAUCAAGGGCUUCUGUGCUGUGGGUGGAAAGACAGCACAGGGCAAGGCACUCUACGCCAAGGCCAAAGCGAUCUUUGCUGCAUGAGAUUCCAAAGUGAGGUCUAGCUUGCGUGGUAGUUCACGGAGCAAAUGACCUGCUCAUGAUGCAGUUGUUGCUUGCGCUGAGAUGUAUAGGUUUUGGUGCGCUCUGACCGAACAGCAGAAACUGCAGACAGACCCCGUUUGCAGCAUAGAAAGAAGC